UUAAAAUUGACAUAAAAGUAUGAUUAUUUUUGAUUAUCAAUGAAUAAACAUCCGAAAAACAUGUCUGCAGUAAGUCAAAUUACUGAAGAUAUUAUUAUUAAAAGUGAAGAGAAUCAAGAAGAACGUGAAGAACAAGAUACUUCUUUGAUUCUUGAUAACCAAUAUAUAUUUAUACAAUUGCCAAGUGGCAAUAUAAAAGUUGUUAAACUUCAGAAGGAUACUAAUGUAUCAUUAGGAAAAUUCGGGACUUUUCAUUCGAACGGUAUAAUAGGACGACCAUUUGGACAUUCUUAUGAAAUUUAUGAUAAUUAUCAAGUAAAAGUUAUUAAAAAUGUUGCAUUCUAUGAAGUUGAUGAAACGGAUGCUAAUAACAAAGAAAUAUUGGACGAUCCGUCUAAACAAAAAUUGUCUUAUCAAGAGAUCGAGAAGUUGAAAAAGCAGGGAUUAGAAGGACAGGAUAUUAUUAAAAAAAUGGUAGAAGGUCAUUCAGCCUUUGAUCAAAAGACCGAAUAUUCUAAAGCAAAAUAUAUUAAACGAAAGGAAGCAAAAUUUUCACGAGUUUUCACACCAAUAAACCCUACAUUAUAUUCUGUUUGGGAAUAUUUUUUCUCCAAGAAUCCUGGCAAAAUAAGGGAUAUGAGAAUAGAUACACUAUCUCAGAUAUUAUCUUUGGCAAAUGUACGAGCAUAUACAAAGAUGCUUGUGGUGGAUGACACGCAAGGACUUGUUAUUACAGGCGUUAUGGAAAGGUUAGGAGGUUAUGGUAUAGUACUUGGUAUUCAUGACGGUGAAAAUCAUAAUUAUGAUAUCGUGAGAUAUAUGAAUUUUUCGAAAAAAAUUCAUGAUUCAUUAUUGACAUUAUCUUGGCAACAGGUAUUCAAGGAGGAGAUACAAGCUCCUUUUAAUUAUCAAGAUGAAUCAACUUUAUCGGAAAAAGAUUUAAAAUAUUAUCUUCGAAGGAAGGUAAAUUAUGAACGAAUAAGAGAUACAAGAGAAAUUUUAUGGAGAGGUGAAUUUGACGGAUUGAUAGUAGCAAGUCAAUACCAACCUGAAUCUAUUUUAGAAACACUAAUGCCUUAUGUAUCCGGAUCAAGACCAAUUAUUAUCUAUCAUAUAAAUAAAGAGGUAUUGAUUAAUGCGUGUGUAUAUAUGAAAAUAUCCAAAAAGUUUUUGAAUCCACAAAUUACUGAGAGCUGGUUGCGUCAAUAUCAAGUUUUGCCUGGAAGGAUUCACCCUUCAAUGUCAACAAGCGGAGGCGGAGGAUAUUUAUUGCACGCGACUCAUAUAGUAAUUAAUGAAUCUCUUCCUACUCCUAUACCUUCUUAUAUGAAACAAAAAGAUACUUUGGAAGAGCUUAAUAAAUCUGAUUUUUGUAACAAUAAUUCAAUUGACGAAACUGUAAAAAUAGAAAGUUUAGACCAAAAUGUUACAAGUGAAAAUCAUUUGGUAAACAGUGAAGAAUUGCAAGAAGCAGAAAAUAAAAGAAUUAAAUUAGAAUAGAUAUUGAAAUAUUGUAAUUUGAAUAAAAUAUUUUUUUGCGGAUCACAAAUGAUAACCAUGCAAGUUCGUGUGAAUUUAGAUUAGAUGGCUGAUACUAAUAUAAUCUCAUUGACAAAGUACUGGUACUGAAUCACAAUGCUAUUCCAUAACAAGAAUACAAACUAAUAUUAAAUCAAUAAAAAUGUUAUGCAAUCAUAAUUAUUGCAUUUUCCUGGACUUCAGGCAAAAAUCCCUCAUAAAU